CCUGACGCAAGGACGCACUCCUCAUCUCCUCUCCGGAGCAGCGCGCAGGGCUCAGAUCGAUAUGCCGGGGAGAGAGCCAUGAGGUCCCAGCAGACUGCCCCAAAACAGACCACGGAGUUGCAGCAGACGAAGGCAGCAGAGAGGAUUCAGUGAGGGAACUUUUCUUUCUUUCUUUCUUGGAGUUCAGCCGGAGAUGGAGCCGGAGGAGGGAAAGAUCUCGGUAUGGGUCUGCCGGGAGGAGAAGCUGGUCUCGGGGCUGACUAAGCGAACCACCUGCGCCGACGUGGUCAAAGUCCUGCUUGAAGAUCAGAACCUGCAGCAGGGCGCCUCGGCAGCGAUGCUGUCUGGCUCUCCUCAGUCCUACUGCGUGGUGGAGAAAUGGAGAGGCUUCGAGAGGAUUUUACCCAACAAGACCAAAAUCCUUCGGCUGUGGAGCGCCUGGGGAGACGAGCAAGAGAAUGUUCGCUUUGUCCUGGUGAAAAACGAGGCUUCGCUGCCCAACAACGGGCCCCGCAGCGCCGAGGCCCGAGUCGUCCAGAGCCGGGAGAGUGGUGGUCCGGGCGGCUUGCUCAAGGGUACCGCCCGGACCUGCUGGACCGCAGCGGCCGCCGCGGCCAACCUGUCCCAGGAGAAACAGCGGCGCAUCGUCAGGAAGGCCUUCAGAAAGUUGGACAAAAUGAACAAAAAGAAGGAGCAGACUGUUUCUAAAGAUAAAAGCUCGGUGGAAAAGAUGGAGACGUUGGUCCACUUGGUGAUUUCUCAGGACCACACCAUCCGCCAGCAGAUCCAGAGGAUCAAGGACCUGGACCGGGAGAUCGAGCGCUACGAGGCCAAAGUGCACUUCGACCGCAUUAAGAGACACGGGGUGAACUACGUGCAGGACACUUACCUCGUAGAUUCCACUUCAGGGGCUCCUGCCCUUUCGGAUUGUAAGCGCAAAGCGGAGCGUCAGGACGCGCGGUGCACGUCGGAGACGCUUGCGCAGUUUGAGGAAUACGCGCGCCGGUGCGAGGAGGUGGUGAGGCUGCAGGAGGAGCUGACGGAACGCGAGGCGCUCGUGGAGAGCAUCACCGGGGAGAUCCAGGAGGAGCUGAAUCGGCGGUGGAUGAAGCGUCGGCGGGAGGAGAGAGGCGCAGAAGCAGCACAGGACACGGACAGUGUUUCGGAGGAGAUGUGUCUCACUGUGUCCGCCCCUCCAGCUGUGGAACCAGAUGUUGAGAGUUUGUCUGAAAAUGAGCUCGUACUGGAAGAGGAAAGGAUCAAAACGCAGCUGGACACCAGCCUUUACAUCGGCCUGAGACUGAAGACAGAUCUGGACGCCAUCAGGGGGGACUUGGACCUGAGUCUGGCACUCUGGGAAACCAAGGAGAGUGAACUGCUGGACCUGCUGGCCAAAGUGGAAACCAUGGAGAUAGAGCAAGCAAACAACACACUGACCGAUGAUGGAAAGGGGGAGCUGGGUGCAGUGAGCGCUGAUGCAGAACCAGCAUCAGGGGAGAAGAGCGGCGGUUGGGUGGAACAGGCCCGAGGUCUUUCCAAAGCCUGCAACACAAACGAUGAGGACUCGGACACGGGGCUGAGCUCCAUGCACAGCCAGGACUCUGACAACACACCUGUGUGCGAGUCACUCGUAUAGACUCACUUUGCUUGGAAGCAUGUUGGACUUUUAUGCAAUGCCAUAAACUCAGGGGCAGAGAAAUCAGUGUUGGCAAUACUGGGAGAUGUUCUCCCCUACCCAAAAUGCACCUCUGUAUGGAUGAUGUAGUUCUAUAGCAAUAAUUCUGACAUGUAGUCAUGCACAAUAAGCUAGAAAGGACAGCAUGCUUAUAGAGAGAGAUGCCAUGCUGCUCUAUAGCUGACCUUUGACCUGUAAGAGGAAGGUCAACAAAGCACCACUUGUUAGGCGAAAUAACCUAGAAGAGUAUUAUAACAAGCCUCUUAAAAUCUGUAGUCCUCAAAUUAACUUUAAGGCGUCAUUGAUGGAAGGAUGGCUCAGAGGUAACAGCUCGCUUUUGUCAGGGAGUCCAACAACUCGCUGAAGCGACUGAAAGACACGGCUAAGUGUUGUUAUGCUGAAAGUAGGUCUAAUGGCCAUGCAAAGUUUCCUUUAAAAGGCCAACAUGAAAUGUAUCUUAAUGCACAGUAAAGACUAGUCAGCUAUCCACUACUAUACAGAUAGAUGAGUCAGCUAAGAACAUGUUACAGCUCUUUCAGUCUCCAAAAAAGUAAAUGUGGAAUCAGUUCAUUGCUUCCUUUUCAAAAUAAGACUGGAAACUAUAAGCGCUGACUAUUAUUACCCAGAACUGCCUAAUAUUCUGAAUGAUAUCAGGGUUUGGAGCAAUUAUACCGUAAAGUUUAUGAACGUAUACUGAUCCCUGAUCUAGUCGGCUAAGCAGAGCUGAUAGAUUGCUCGAUAUUGUCCUGUCAUACAGUAUAGCGUGUCUCUUAAGCACAAGAAGUCAUACGUAUUUAACCAUACUGCUGAACUCUCACAUUCUAGACUUAAAAAGAAAAAAAUGAACUAUUUGAUUCUUGUGGUUUUUGAUUGCUGUGAGCUUGUGACCCUUUAAACCGAUGCAAAGUCAACAUCAUGCAUUAUAUAUUUCCAUGAGCUCUUAGCGUUUCAAGUAAGCAAAGCCAGAGAAGGCCAAGUGUUAUGUCAUGAAUAGCCCUGAACAAGCACCAGGUUUCCAAACAUUUUUUUUUUUAAGUUGAUUUAUCUAUUUGAUUAUUAGGUUGAGUUAACAGCAAGAAAAAAAGUGCCAUCUUUCUAACGAAACAGCUAUGGAAAAAGGGGGAACUCCAGCAAUGUAGUAACAGAUUAGGGGAAUCACAGGAAACGGACUGAAAAACAAACAGAAACAGCAGAGGCUCCUGUUUCUCAAACAGAUCCCAAACCUCUGAAUCUUCAGGAUUUCCUAAAAUACAACUGGAUAUGAUCUCUAAUUAGACCCUCCUGCCCCCUCGAUGCCCACAGCUUUUAAAUCUUAGACCAGACCAUAUGUUAGAUAAACAUGAGAUAAGCUAGGUGUUGUCAUGAGGAGUGACAGAAACAGAAAACAUCAGCAAUUUAUUUACAUCAGCUGGGGAUUGCGCCUCCUGAUGAGUACUUUGAAUUUGGUUAGCGAAACUGACAGAGUGCUCCUUUAAAUCUGGGUCUGGAUUAUUGUAAUGGAACAUCGGUUUGCUGCUCUGAGCAGUGUUGUUAACAUGAAAAGCUUCUUACUCAAGCAUAAUCAAUGUGAACAGACAAGAAAAGCCAGAUGUUUAUAUCAAAGUUUAAGUCGAGGAAUUACUUCCCCUAUCAGACGCCACAUGCAUUUGUGUAACAAACUGAAACAGCAGGUUUACAUGUGUGAACCUGCACGUUAGUUAUUUACAUUAUGGUGGAUAUGUUUUUUGCCCAAUCAGCAAAAUACCCCCCCCCCCCAAAAAAAAACCAAAACAAAAAACCCCCCACAAGAGAAACGUAGGCCACAUUCCACACAUUUCCAUAAAUGAGAUUUAAUCUUGAACUUGUUUUUAUUUCCAGUUUAAAUAGGCAUGACAACAUCCCACUUAUUUACAGAAACAGAUUAGAAAACUGUCUAAUCUAAACCUUUACAUGCUGGCGGACCUCUUUGAAUAACACCUGUGAGGCUUUAAGAUGCUUUUUGGGAGAUUCAGCACCCCAAAAUUUAGCAGUCCCUCCGUAGCCGACCACUGGACUAUUUUAAGACUCUCUUCAUCUUUUUUCUGGAAAUAUUUGCUCCAAAGCAGUGUUAGCUGUGCUGCCUGGUAUGCUACUCUAACAUCUGCAAGGCAGGGGUGCCUCCAGAAUUUUUGCAUAGGGGUGGCCAAAUGGGGGCCACUAAAAAUAUUGGGGUGGCACACCAAAAACUGAAUUUCCAGUUUCAUUAUGCUGUUGUUAAAUACAUGUUACUUCAAAAAUAUUUCCAAAAAAGAGAGACAGAAAACAAUGAUAUGCCUAGAUAAUUUCCUGCUAUUAAAGUUGACAUCACUGAAAAUAGAUACAUGAAAACCACAUCAGAUUUUGACAUCCAUAAUAAUCUGUUUAAAGCUGGAAUAAAUAACAAUUUAAUGUUUUAAGUUGUUUUGGGGUUGUCUUCCUCUCACUUGUGCUCACAUUUAUUAGAAUUAUUACCAAAAUAGGACAGUCUUGCCAGGGGUGCCACUGCGGAGGCCCCCUUGGUGGCGCCCCUGCUGCAAGGGGAGGGGUCAGAAACAGAAGCUAAUAUAUAUAUAUAUCAUUAUUAUUUUAAGAUCGUCCUUCAAAUAAAUCAUUUACCCUGUGUUAUGUCAGCACUGUGUGAUUUCAGAUCUUGACUCUGUCUACCUGUAAAUGGUGAAAAGUAACAUGUUUAUGACAGAUAGCUGAUAAUACUGUGUCUGUGGAGUUAGCUGUGAUGUGUCUCCUCACACCAAAAUGACCAGCGUGUAGCUCAUUUAUGUCGCUUGAUCAGGAACAGUUUGGGUUUCUUAGUUUGGGACAUUCAGCCUGCUUUUUCUAGAUAGACGGCUCUAGAUUAGCAACUGUGAGGCUACAGCAACAGAAGUCACAUGACGCCAGUCAGCACAAUAUUACACAUGACUGUUAGUGUUGAAAUAAAUGGGGGAAAAAAAAACCUG